CAGUCACAUAGACAUACAUAACAUUUUAAAAAUACUCUCUUACAGUGCAUUCAACAGUAGAAUUGUGGGGAACAGUCAGUGUGUGUGAGAGAGAGAGACUACCCGGCCGUUCAAUAGGACGACAGACCCMUUAAAAAACAUAUAGACUAACUGUGCUCUCUCUUACAGUGUAUGUGUGUAUAUAUGUGUGCAAAAGUCCUCUCCAAACACACWCUCAAGAAGAAGAAGACCAAUACYAACACAACAGCACCAGUACUCUCAGUCUCACUGUAUGUUUGACUGAAACCACUGAAAGGGAACAGUUGUGUGCUGUGGUGUGGUGUGUGUCGAGAAAAUAUAGAGAUAGAGUGAGAGCUAAAGGGAACAGUUGUGUGUUUGAAACUUAAGGGAACAGUUGUGUAUUUUUUAUCUGAAAAUCUAAAAGAAGUGGAAGAAKUAGAAGAAGAAGAAGAAGAAUAAGUCUUGAAUAAAAACCGAAAGAAGAAAUGUUGAAAUAUGUGUCCACCAGUCGGGCAUUGAAUCCGAURUUAAUUAACAACAAUAAUAACCGCAACAACAACAAUGCGGACACCAUUUCCAUCAACAGUCGACUGUCGCAGUCGUCGUCGAGCAACGGAUCCAACAACGGCUGUUGCGAUGGACAGACAUCUUCAUCGCGAUCGUCGUCGUCGUCRUCYAUACAGGACUUGGGUUUGCAAAGGGUUGUCAUUAAGAUAUACUCGCGAGUCCUGUGUCAGGACGUCGAGUACAAGACAUUGUCGAUCACUAGCCAUACGAAUAGCAAAGAAGUGGUCCGAUUGUURUUAAAUAAAUUCCGUCUCAAACACAGGGAUCCCAACCUAUUCUACCUGACCCUUGAAGUUUGGAUCAGACARACAGGUAUUCCCAUCCGGAGUGUUAUGGUGUUGGACGACGACACCUGUCCAGCGCUGUUACAGUCAUGUUAUCCGCAAAAAGAUUUAAAGUUUUCAUUGAUGAUGAGAUGCGGUGGUCUUAUAAAAAUCUACGACAGCUGUCUAAUGUCAGGGUCRCUUUACAAGAGUCUACUGUUGUCCGACCGGACGACUUGCGAUGAAUUGAUUCAACUGUUGCUUAACUGCUAUAACUUGAAUGAAAAAUCACAAAAGUUUGCCUUAUAUGAAGUCUGUCCUUCACGUAAAUGCGAACGCAAGCUUAUGCCCAAUGAGAUACCGUUGGCCAUACAGUCCCAGUGGCCAAACCCCGACGUAUUUGUGUUUCAAAUGCGCCGAAAUAUUAUCGUUACUAACGAGGAUUAUCAUCAGUUGAGGAAACGUGAGUUACCGUGGAGUAAGACAUGUGACCGAUCGGGAAACGUUAUGUUUCAUCUGAACCGCAGGGAUGAGGUCAUCACCAAAUCRAUACAUUCGCCGACAUUGAAGCCAUCGUUCAAUAAUUUUGACAACUAUUUCUAUAUUUGA